AUGGCGAGCCUUCUGCUACGUCUGUUCCACUCGGACUACUUUUCGCCUCAUCUCGCGCUCUCCUACCUUCGCACCUAUUCCGACAACAUCGGCAUCACCUACUAUCUCGUCAGUCAGCUCGAGUCGGCUUUCCCGUCGGACCAGGUCGAAUUCUACUGGCCACAGCUUUGCCACCUUCUCAUCACAAAGCCAUCUGAGUCUCGUGCACUCGAAUGCUUCAUCCUCCGACGAUGCAACCAGUCGGUCCACGUCGCGCUUCUCACCCUCUGGUACUUCCAAGCCGCCCUCUCCGACCUCUCCUCGAAUCCACACACCGCCUCUUUUCAGAUCUGCCAUCGCGUCUUCAACCAAUGCCAGCGCAUCCUCUUUGAAGAUCCGCUCUCCAGCUCCAACUCGGUCUACGCUCUCGGUGCCGCCGCUGCCGCGAACACUGCUGCCCACAAUGCUGCCGGCCCUUCCAACUCGAACCUGCUCCACUCGGGCCUCCAAGGCUUGCUCGUCGCUGCCACCUCGUUUGGACGCCAAAAGGUCUCGCCGCAAGCACCGCUCGCUAACAUUGUCGGCAUCGGCUCGGUCAUGGCCAGUGUACCCGCUAUGCCCAGCCUAGCUGCAAUCACGGGAACGAUCGCCAUCGAACAGGCACGACAACCGCCUGAUGCUAUGCAAGAUGCACUCGCUGCCCGCGAUGCAGAUGCAGCAACAGACAACGAAGACGACGACGACGCUGACCGAGAACGUGCACAGCACUACGGCGAUAGCCCUGACCGCGCACCAGAAGAUGACGCCCUCGACAGCUCCGACAACGAGUCGAUCAACGAAAAGCAGCCGCAGCCGCCAGCACCGGCAACAGCAGAGCCUCAAUCAAGAGGUUCCAGUCUGACCUCCUUUGCCGGCUCGUUGGUCAAGAUUGCCGCUUCUUCCGUCAGCAUGUCCAGAGCAGAUUCUGCUCCUCUUCCACCGCCAAAAGACGCAUCCGCCCCGGCGCCACCAUCCAAAACAGGCGCUCCUCCCACCCCAUCAAAGAGCCAAGAGAUCACCUCGGGCGGUUCUCUACCUACUGCCGAGGCUGCAAAAAAGAUCGAAAACCCUUUUGCUACCUUUGCUGCCGGCUUCAAUGCUGGGUUCAACGACUUCAAGGGCAAAGCUGCCGCUGCAGUUGGCGACGUUUUUGGCCAGGCACAAGAUACACAUCUCAACUCUCACCACACUUCUGUAGUCGUCAGAAAGAAGCAGGCGGCCACCACCUCGCCACCGCCUUGGUCUCCACAAAAGCACCGCCAGCUCGCGUCGUUCGGUCAGCAAGCCCCGCCUUCUCGCUCCGUUCCUAACCUGGCCUCUACCAAAGCAAGUGUCUCGUCCGUGUUCGCUUCUUCGGCUACACUCGAUCAUUCUGCCGCCAAGACCGAAGCCAUCCUGACGCUCUACAACGCCGAAGCCCGUCGCAGCUUGCUUCGCUCCAACUACUGCAAGGUGCAGACGCAGUUCCUCCUUUCACUCCAAGACAUCUCGGCGCGCUUGUUGCUGCUGCCCAAGCCCGCUCGUCUUUCGGCACUCCGCGCGGAGCUCACGGCACUCAACCACAAGCUCCCCGCCGACGUCUGCUUCCCACUUUGGUGCCCGGCCGAUGUCAAGGAUGUCGGUAUCGCGUUGAACGAUGGUAAGGUACAGCCACGUCGACAUCAUCGUGUGAUUCGCAUCAACCCGAGCGAGGCGGUGGUGCUCAACUCGGCCGACCGCGUGCCCUUCCUGCUGCACGUCGAGGUGCUCAACAACGAUCUUGACUUUGACCCCGACCGCAGACAGAACAGGGAGACGCUGCGCCGCCUCGUCACCGAAGAGGACGUGCGCAGACGCAAAGUCGCCGCUUCCUCGGGUCGCCCCUCGUUUGUGCAAUCCGCCAAUGAGCACCCUCGAACCAUCUCGGACCACGACGCCGAUACACGUAUCACUACUCCGGACGCCAGUGCCCUUGAAGAUGUGGACCUGCAAACCAACGAGGACAGCGGCCUGCUCACGAGAACCAGCACACCCAAACCUGUCUCGCAGCCUUUGACGCCUACGAUCGAGCAUCCUGGCGAUAUCUCUGCCGCCAGCGCGGCCGAAGCGGAGCGUCCAGCGCCGCAGGUGUCGUUCAACGACAAUGACAUUCCACAGGAAAGUGGCGAAGAGAUCGACUUGACCGAGCAAGUGUACGGAUCGGAUCUGGCUGGGUUCGGAGGCGAGCGCGAUCCUUCUUCCUCCGAUGACGAAGAAGAGGACUUGGCCUCACGCAACCGCAUGCACGACACGGCCGCAUGGACCUCGGCUCCUUCUGGAUCUGGCUCUGGCAGUGCUGGCCCUUCAGCAGCAGUGCAAGGAGCUAAUGGCGACCCGGAUCAGCUCGCUGCUGGUCACCGCCCCAUGAAGGAGUUUUCGCUCGACGAGUAUGCGCAGCGCAUGCGCACAGCCGCCAUCAUGCUCUCGCAGCUCAACAAGUCGACCAAUGCGUCCAAGGCACAGGCCAUCAUCAACUAUGGGCCCAACCUCAGCUCCAACGCGCAAGGUGGGUGGAGCUCGUGGAUCGUUCCUACCAACUGGUACGGAUCGUCGACGUCUGCUGUACCAGCCAAUGGCGCGGGCGGAGGAGCUGGUGACAAGUCGGAGGUGGGUCAAGGCUCUGCCGGUGUAACGACGCACGUAAGGACGAGUCUCGAUCCAACGCGGGCGAUGGUGGGCAUGCCCAUGGGUGGGGGUGGGGGAGCAGGACAGAGUUCGAGGUUGGUGCAUGCCGAGACGGAAGCGAUCCGGAAACGAAUUAUGGAAGAGAUGAUGGCGUUGGAGGAGGAGCGUAUGCGGCGCAUGAAGACGGGCGGACGCCAUGUGACGGCUUCGCGUGCACGCGCACGCAAGGCGGGUAGCCAGAUGGCGGAGGAUGAAGAGGAGGCGGUGCUGCGUGCGGUCAACAAGGACGAUCCGUCGGCGGCCAUGUUUAGCGAGUCGUGGGCGGCCAAGAAGCAACGUAUCCGCGCUUCGUCGCCAUACGGCCACCUUACCAAUUGGGACGUGUUUUCGGUCAUUGUCAAGACGGGCGCGGAUCUGCGCCAGGAGCAGUUGGCGGUGCAGCUGAUCAACGAGUUUGGACGCAUCUGGCAGGAGACGGGCAGCAAGUGUUGGGUGCGCUACUUCCGUAUCUUGGUGACGUCGGAGAACAGCGGGUUGAUGGAGACAAUCACGGAUGCGGUGUCGGUGCACUCGAUCAAGAAGGAGGCGUACUCGCGCAUGUCGGAGGAAGACAAGGCGGCGGGGUAUACGCUCUAUGACCACUUUUUGGCGGCGUACGGGCCGUCGACGUCGGCUUCGUUCAAUGCGGCGCGCGAUCGGUUCAUCCAGUCGCUGGCCGGGUACAGUAUCAUUUCGUACCUGCUGCAGAUCAAGGACCGACACAACGGCAACAUUUUGGUGGAUAACCACGGCCGGUUGAUCCAUAUCGAUUUCGGGUUCAUGCUUGGGAUCAGCCCGGGCGGCGUGGGCUUCGAGGCGGCGCCGUUCAAGAUGCCGCAGGAGUACAUCGAUAUCUUGGGCGGGCUGGAGAGCAGCAAGUUUGAAGAGUUCAAGCAGCUGAUGCGCCAAGGCUUCCGCGACGUCCGCAAGCAUGCGGAACGCAUCAUCAUGCUGGUGGAGCUCAUGGCCAAGGACAGCAAGUUGCCUUGCUUUGCACUCGGCGAUUUGACGGCGAGCAACUUGCGCGAUCGGUUCCAGCUCGCGCUGAGCCAGAGCCAGUGCGACGAGUUUGUGGAUCGCUUGAUCCUCUCGAGUGCGGGCAGUGCGUUUACUAGGUUGUACGAUAUGUACCAGAGGUUGACCGAGGGCGUUUUGUGA